AUGACAACAUCGGUUUCGUUGGCCUCCAAUGAAACGGUGGGUAAAUUCACACCCGAUUGGGAGUCGUUGGACAAAAGACCUCUACCCCAGUGGUACGAUGACAGCAAAAUAGGCAUAUUUUUGCACUGGGGCGUUUUCUCGGUGCCUAGUUAUGGUACGGAAUGGUUUUGGCAUCGAUGGGUUGCCGACAAGAAAAAAGAUUUUAUAGACUUUAUGGGGAAGAACUACAGACCGGGCUUUACUUACGGAGACUUUGCCUCACAGUUUACCGCAGAGUUUUACGAUCCCAAACAUUGGGCCGAUGUAUUCAAAGCAUCGGGUGCUAAGUAUGUGGUGCUGACGACCAAACAUCACGAGGGGUUCACUCUCUGGCCAUCAAAGGUGUCCUAUAACUGGAACGCUAUGGAUGUCGGACCCAAUCGGGAUUUGGUCGGUGAUUUGGCGACCGCUGUCCGCGAGUCUGGAUUGCGUUUUGGUGUCUAUCACUCACUCUAUGAAUGGUUUAAUCCGUUUUACUUGAAAGACAAGGACAACAAUUUUACGACAAAUACUUUUGUUACGACCAAAGUACGGCCCGAGUUGGAGGAGUUGGUGAAUGCAUACAAACCGGACGUGAUUUGGUCGGACGGCAGCGGCGGUGCGAAACCGGAAUACUGGGAAACCCAGAAGUUUUUGGCCUGGCUUUACAACGAGAGUCCCGUUAAAGACAGUGUUGUGGUUAAUGAUCGAUGGGGUACGGGCACUGGUGGCAAGCAUGGUGAUUUCUUCAACUAUCACGACCGAUACAAUCCGGGUGUUAUACAAAAGCAUAAGUGGGAAAAUGCUAUGACUAUAGACAAGCAUUCGUGGGGUUACCGACGGGACGCCAAGUCCACAGACUAUUUGUCAAUACAUGAUUUGUUGACUACUUUAGCGCAAACUAUUAGUUGCGGUGGAAACCUUUUGGUAAACGUCGGUCCCUCUCAUGACGGGGUAAUCAAACCAGUAUUUGAGGACCGGUUACGGGAUUUGGGACACUGGCUGUCCAUCAAUGGUGAGGCCGUAUAUGAGAGCAAACCCUGGACUCAUCAAAACGAUACAUUAACUCCUGGUGUACACAAAGAAAGAGAAAACAUGUUAUCGUUUCCCAAAAACAAUGACCUGGAAUUGGGUUCACUCGACCACAAGACCGUCCAAUCAAUACUAUUAUUGGGAGAUAAGAAAGAACUGGUGUUUAAAGCCGGCUCCGGGACCUCAACGCACAUCACAUUCCCGCACAUCAGUCCCGACACAUUAAAUUGCUUAUUGUUAGCAUCGGUUUCGUUGGCCUCCAAUGAAACGGUGGGUAAAUUCACACCCGAUUGGGAGUCAUUAGACAAAAGACCUCUACCAUCAUGGUACGAUGAGAGUAAAAUUGGCAUAUUUAUACACUGGGGUGUAUUCUCGGUGCCAUCAUUUGGUACAGAAUGGUUUUGGCAACGAUGGAUUGAAGAGAAGGAUAAAAAUUUCGUAGACUUUAUGGCAAAGAACUACAGACCGGGCUUUACUUACGGAGACUUUGCCUCACAGUUUACCGCAGAGUUUUACGAUCCCAAACAUUGGGCCGAUGUAUUCAAAGCAUCGGGUGCUAAGUAUGUGGUGCUGACGACCAAACAUCACGAGGGGUUUACUCUCUGGCCAUCAAAGGUGUCCUAUAACUGGAAUGCUAUGGAUGUCGGACCCAAACGGGAUUUGGUCGGUGAUUUGGCGACCGCUGUACGCGAGUCUGGACUCCAUUUCGGUGUUUAUCACUCACUCUUUGAAUGGUUUAAUCCCUUUUAUCUAAAGGAUAAGGAAAAUAAUUUUAAGACUAAUACUUUUGUUACAACCAAAGCCCGGCCCGAGUUGGAGGAGUUGGUGAACACAUAUAAACCGGACCUCAUUUGGUCCGAUGGAGACGCCGGACCUCCGGAGUAUUGGGAAAGUCAAAAGUUCAUGGCCUGGCUUUAUAAUGAUAGUCCCAUUAAGGACAAAGUUGUGGUCAACGAUCGAUGGGGUACUGAUACUGCUGGAAAGCAUGGCGACUUUUUCAAUUUUCAAGAUAAAUAUAACCCGGGUGUUAUACAAAAGCAUAAGUGGGAAAAUGCCAUGACUUUAGACAAGUAUUCGUGGGGUUAUCGACGGGACGCCAAAACUUCAGACUAUUUAUCAAUAAAUGAUUUAUUGACUACUUUAGCGCAGACCAUAAGUUGCGGUGGAAACCUCUUGGUAAACGUCGGUCCCUCUCAUGACGGGGUAAUUAAACCGGUAUUUGAGGACCGGUUAAGAGAUUUGGGACAUUGGCUAUCCAUCAAUGGUGAGGCCGUAUAUGAGAGCAAACCCUGGACUCAUGCAAAUGAUACCUUAACUCCUGGUGUAUACAACGAAAGAGAAAACUAUUUACUCUAUUAUAUUAAUAAUGACCUGGAGUUGGGUUCACUCGACCACAAGACCGUCCAAUCCAUACAACUAUUGGGAGAUAACACUAACCUCACGUUUAAGGCCGGCUCCGGGACCUCAACACAUAUCACAUUUCCGUACAUCAGUCCCGACAGUCCUAUCAAAUGGGCGUAUACUUUAUGGCGAAGAACUAUAGACCGGGCUUUACUUACGCAGACUUUGCCCCAGUUUACCGCAGAGCUUUACGAUCCCAAACACUGGGCUGAAGUUUUUAAAGCAUCGGGUGCUAAGUAUGUGGUGCUGACCGCCAAACAUCACGAGGGGUUUACUCUCUGGCCAUCAAAGGUGUCCUAUAACUGGAACGCUAUGGAUGUCGGACCCAAUCGCGAUUUGGUCGGUGAUUUGGCGACCGCUGUCCGUUCAGCUGGACUUUAUUUUGGUGUUUAUCACUCACUCUUUGAAUGGUUUAAUCCCUUAUAUUUAAAAGACAAGGAAAAUAAUUUUACAACCAAUACUUUUGUCACAAUCAAGACUCGGCCCGAGUUGGAGGAGUUGGUGAACGCAUACAAACCGGACAUCAUUUGGUCGGACGGCGAUUGGGGUGAACCCGAGUACUGGCAAAGUCAACAAUUCCUGGCCUGGCUUUAUAACGAUAGUCCCGUUAAAGACAAAGUUGUGGUCAACGAUCGAUGGGGUCCAGGUGCGCAUGGCAAGCAUGGUGACUUUUUUAACUUUCAAGACCGAUACAAUCCGGGUGUUAUACAGAAGCAUAAGUGGGAAAAUGCUAUGACUUUAGAUAAAAAGUCGAGGGGUUAUCGACGGGAAGCCAAAUCUGAAGACUAUUUAUCAAUACAUGAUUUGUUGACAACUUUAGCCAAAACAAUAAGUUGUGGGGGUAAUCUAUUGAUAAAUAUCGGUCCCUCUCAUGACGGGGUAAUUAAACCAGUAUUUGAGGACCGGUUACGGGAUUUGGGGCACUGGCUGUCCAUCAAUGGUGAGGCCAUAUAUGAGAGCAAACCCUGGACUCACGCAAACGAUACUAAAACUGCUGGUAAAGAGAAAACUGUUUAUUCUAUUGUAUUGUUUUGGCCGAAGAAUAAUGACCUGGAAUUGGGUUCACUCGACCACAAGACCGUCCAAUCAAUACAACUAUUGGGAGAUAACACUGACCUCACCUUUAAGGCCGGCUCCGGGACCUCAACACACAUUACUUUUCCGUACAUCAGUCCCGACAGUCCUAUCAAAUGGUGGAAAGAAGAGGUGGAGUUUAUGGCUAAGAACUAUAGACCGGGUUUUACUUACGGAGACUUUGCCGCACAGUUUACCGCUGAGUUUUACGAUCCCAAACAUUGGGCCGAUGUAUUCAAAGCAUCGGGUGCUAAAUAUGUGGUGUUGACCGCUAAACAUCACGAAGGGUUUACUCUCUGGCCAUCAAAGGUGUCCUAUAACUGGAACGCUAUGGAUGUCGGACCCAAUCGGGAUUUUGGUGAUUUGGCGGCCGCUGUCCGCGAGUCUGGACUUCAUUUCGGUGUUUAUCACUCACUCUUUGAAUGGUUUAAUCCCUAUUACCUAAACGAUACUCAAAACAAUUACACCACAAAGCAAUUUGUUAAAAUCAAAACUCGGCCAGAAUUGGAGGAAUUGGUGAAUACGUAUAAACCGGACGUGAUUUGGUCCGAUGGAGUCGGUUAUGGCAAAUCAGAUUACUGGGAGGCAACCGACUUCUUGGCCUGGCUUUACAACCAUAGUCCCGUUAAGGAUACGGUGGUUGUCAACGAUCGAUGGGGUAAUACAAAUAACACUAAUUUAUAUCGUAUUUAUGAUAUUUGUAAUAUAAAUAAUGAACGGAGACUGAUGGCAAGCAUGGUGAUUUUUAUAACCACGCUGGUAAUUAUAAUCCCGGUUAAUAAUAAAUGGGAAAACGCGUUGACAUUAGACAGGAAAUCGUGGGGUUAUCGACGGGACGCCAGACUUGAGGACUAUUUGACAACACAUGACUUAUUGACACAAUUAGCGCAAACUAUUAGUUGUGGAGGUAAUCUAUUGAUAAACGUCGGUCCCUCUCAUGACGGGGUAAUUAAACCGGUAUUUGAGGACCGGUUACGGGAUUUGGGGCACUGGCUGUCCAUUAAUGGUGAGGCCAUAUAUGCGAGCAAACCCUGGACUCAUCAAAACGAUACCUUAACUGCUGGUGUUUGGUAUACAAAGAAAGAGAAAACUAAUAAUGACCUGGAAUUGGGUUCACUCGACCACAAGACCGUCCAAUCAAUACAACUAUUGGGAGAUAACACUGAUCUCACCUUUAAGGUCGGCUCCAACACCACAACUAUCAUAACAUUCCCGCACAUCAGUCCCGACGGACCUAUUAAAUGGUCAUAUGCCCAGAGGUAUACACCGGACUGGUCAUCAUUGGACAGCCGACCGACACCAAGUUGGUUUGACGAUGCUAAAAUUGGCAUAUUCAUUCAUUGGGGCUGCCCUCUUAUGGAGAUGAAUGGUUUUGGUCAGUAUCAAUGGAAAUGGGAUAAAAGGAAAGAGUGGUUAGAGUUUAUGGCAAAGAACUACAGACCGGGCUUUACUUAUGGAGACUUUGCCCCACAGUUUACCGCAGAGUUUUACGAUCCCAAACAUUGGGCUCAUAUUUUUAAAGCAUCGGGUGCUAAGUAUGUGGUGCUGACCGCCAAACAUCACGACGGCUUUGCUCUCUGGCCAUCAAACGUGUCCUAUAACUGGAACGCUAUGGAUGUCGGACCCAAUCGGGAUUUAGUCGGUGAUUUGGCGAUCGCUGUACGUAAGGCUGGCCUUCGGUUUGGUGUCUAUCACUCACUGCUUGAAUGGUUUAAUCCUUAUUACGUGAACGACAGGGCAAACAACUUCCAGACAAAUACAUUUGUUAAGAUCAAAGCGAGGCCCGGAUUAGAAGAGUUGGUAAACUCAUACAAACCGGACAUUAUUUGGUCGGAUGGGGGCAGACAUGCUGUGCCGGAAUACUGGGAAACCCAACAGUUCUUGGCCUGGCUUUAUAACGACAGCCCCGUUAAGGACACGGUUGUUGUCAACGAUCGAUGGGGAACUGAUACGGGUGGCAAGCAUGGUGAUUUCCAUAACCACGUCGACAGAUUUAACCCUGGUGUAUUGCAGAACCAUAAGUGGGAAAACGCGAUGUCAUUGGACAAGUUUGGGUGGGGUUAUCGACGAAUCGCUAAACUUCGGGAUUAUAUUACAAUACGUGAAUUGUUGGCCACUUUGGCCAAAACUAUUAGUUGUGGGGGUAAUCUAUUGAUAAACAUCGGUCCCUCUCAUGACGGCGUUAUUAAACCCAUAUUUGAGGACCGGUUACGGGAUUUGGGGCACUGGCUGUCCAUCAAUGGUGAGGCCAUAUAUGAGAGCAAACCCUGGAUUUAUCAAAACGAUACAUUAACUUCUCGUAAUAAUGACCUGGAAUUGGGUUCACUCGACCACAAGACCGUCCAAUCCAUACAACUAUUGGGAGAUAACACUGACCUCACUUUUAAGGCGGGCUCCGGGACGUCAACGCACAUCAUAUUCCCGUAUAUAAACCCCGACAGUCCUAUUAAGUGGGCUUAUGUUUUAAAAAUUACCACUAUAUAA